GUCGCGGCAGGAGUGGAGCGGCCGCUGGCGUGGCCCCCAGGCCCCGCGGGAGUAUUCCGUGCCUCGGCCGGCGUCCGCCUCCCUCUAGGCUGUCAGACCGCUUCGUGCGGCCCGCGUGUCGCGUACCGGCGUCCCCCAAUCGUCCCCAUCUUGCCCCUCGCCCCGCCGCCAUUUGAAGCGCGGCCCCGCACCCGGGACGAACAGCCCGCCCGCCUCCCCUCCAUCGCCGCUGGAAGCGGCUGAGCAAUGACUCACGUUCCGCAGCGGGCUCCGGCCGCCGUCGCUCCGCACGCCGAGAUGAAAACUGCCUUGAACUGAUGUAUUCGCUACCUUUGAAAGCUGUACAGCCACCAGCUUCUUAGCUGCCUUGCCUGCUGAUACAGAAGAAUCAAGGACUUGUGACUGUGCAAAAUGAAUGAGCAUCCUAAAAAGAGGAAAAGGAAGACGCUGCAUCCUUCUCGAUAUUCAGACGGGGAAACUUGCUCAAGAUACAAAAUGAGGAUGAUUCUACUAACACACAAGGAUUCUUCAGGUGCAAGCAGAUACAUAGACAACAGUGGAAUUUUUUCUGACCACUGCUAUAGUGUCUGUUCCAUGAAACAGCCAGACAUCAAGUUCUCUGAAAACAGAGCUAGAUUCCACAGUUCUGUGCAGAGCCAAGACACGGAUGAUGAUGGGAGUCCUGUGCACGCUGGGACGUCUCAGUGGAGUGGGUCACAUUCAAACGUAAUGGGGUUGCACUAUGCAGACCCGAAGAGGAGGGAUAAAGGUAAAGAUAAAAGUACUAAUAAUGGAAUGUGCAGAGACUUAUGUGAUUCACCUAUAUUCAGUGACAGCCCUACAGAAGAGGAGAAACCUCUGGAUAUUCAAACCGUAGAAAUUUCUACAACAGAAGUGAAUGCCGUAGAAGUUCACGACAUAGAAACACAAACUGUCUCACCUGAGAAGCUAGAAGCUGAGGACCUAGAGGAAAUCCCUUUGGAAACCUGUAAAAUGUUUGAGAAGAACCAGGCUUUGAACAUCACAGCUCAACAGAAAUGGCCUUUGCUGAGAGCCAACAGCAGUGGCUUAUACAAGUGUGAGCUCUGUGAGUUCAACAGCAAGUAUUUCUCUGAUUUAAAGCAGCACAUGAUCCUGAAGCAUAAGACCUGUACAGACACCCACGUCUGUAAAGUUUGCAAAGAAAGCUUCUCCAGCAAAAUGCAGCUCAUUGAACAUGUAAAACUGCACGAGGAGGAUCCCUACAUCUGUAAAUACUGCGAUUACAAAACUGUGAUAUUUGAGAAUCUGAGUCAGCACAUAGCAGACACGCACUUCAACGACCACCUGUACUGGUGUGAGCAGUGUGACAUGCAGUUCUCCUCCAGCAGCGAGCUGUACCUGCACUUCCAGGAACACAGCUGUGACGAGCAGUAUUUGUGUCAGUUCUGCGAGCACGAAACAAAUGACCCAGAAGAUCUCCACAGCCACGUGGUGAACGAGCAUGCCUGCCGACUGAUAGAGCUAAGUGACAGCUAUAAUAACAAGGAGCGAGGACAGUACAGCCUCAUAAACAAAAUCAGUUUUGACAAAUGCAAAAACUUCUUUGUGUGCCAGGUGUGUGGCUUUAGGAGUAGGCUGCAUACGAACGUGAACAGGCAUGUAGCUAUUGAACACACCAAAAUAUUCCCUCAUGUUUGUGAUGACUGUGGGAAGGGCUUUUCAGGUAUGUUGGAAUAUUGCAAGCAUUUAAGCUCUCAUUUAUCUGAAGGGAUUUAUUUGUGUCAAUACUGUGAAUAUUCAACAGGACAGAUUGAAGACCUUAAAACUCAUUUGGAUUUCAGGCAUUCAGCAGAUUUGCCUCAUAAAUGUACUGAUUGUUUAAUGAGGUUUGGAAAUGAAAAAGAUCUUUUAAGUCAUCUUCAGAUACAUGAGACAGCGUGAUUAUUUUCCUUCCCUGUAAUCAGUUUGUUAGAAUUGGAACUAAUUUCCAGUCCCUGGAAUCUGAUAUUAAAUACAUUUUUAACAGCAGCUGUACAAUUCUAAUGUUUUCAUCUUUGUAUCAGCGGAGCACAUAUAACAACUUGGUGUUGUGACUUUCCUUACCUAAGGGUUUCAGUAGAAAUAAUCAUGUUUAUUGUGUGAUGGAUUUGGGUCUGGGGGAGCAGUGGGAGUAGUUGCAUGCUGUGGUAGCAGUUCUCAUGGUCAUCGUGCACUUCCACAUCUCCUGUACCAGACAAGCUUUCUGGAGUUCAAAAGGGACAAACAGCAAACCAAGCUCUAGCUCCAAACUAAAGCAACACCAUUGUGAUCUCAGUUGCAUGUGCAGCUCGUGUUACCCUCUGCCGCAGCAGGUUGUUCUGCUGAUGUUUAGCCAAAUUACACCAGCCUGACAAAGAUAAAAGUGUUCCAAAAAUUCCCAGGCAUGGAUGUCUCCAAAUUGACAUAGUAGCCUGCGUGUCCCACCUUGUACUCUUGGCAAGCUUUUAAAAUUGCCCUGAUUUUUCCCUUGGGGGUACCUAUUCGACCUUGCCACUCGCUUCGUGCAGUGUUAAAUCUGAACUCCUGUCUGUGGGAGACAACUGUUGUCUUUCACACAUUUACUACAGACCUCCCACACGAUUUUUGUUUCUUACAUUUAGAUACUGUUUUUUAAUGCACCGAGGAAACGCACAUUGCUCAUGUGUACAUUAGGUCAUGUUUAAGGAGGAAAGGCAACCUGCAACAUGAUCCAGCUGAGAAUGCACAGUGUGAAUUUUUUUUUAUCUAAAUGCUAAUGUAACUGUCACUAAUGAUGUAUGUCACCAGCCUCAUUUAGAGUAAGCCUCUAUUAGUUACUAUAAUUAUGUAUAUUUAUAAUUAGCUUUCUAUUGCUAGCCAUUUGAGAGCCGUUACUUCUGUAAAUGGUUUCAAACAUUGGUGCAGUAGAAAAAUUGUAUUAGCUUUCAUCACUUUCCAAUAAUCUCACACAUCUACCACAAUAACUGUUACAAAAGAAUUUUUACAGUCUGCUCUGCAGCUGUAUUUCUGAGUGGAUGCUUGGGCAGGUAAAAAUAAGGAUGAGAUCCUUUUAAUUCUUCUAGUUAGCAGGGUAAAAUUGCCCAUGAAACAGUGGAGUUUGUUUCUUUCUUCAUUGACUGUAAAUUUGUAAUGUAAGAUUGUCUAAUGUAAGCUUUGUAUAGAUAUAAGUAAUGUAUAAAACGUUAGUGAGAUCAGUGAGAUUGGGUGUUGUCAGCUUCAAGAUGUGCAAGGGUCUUCUAUAUUUUAAAGUUAAGGAUAAAAAUUGGCUGGAUAUUGACAGUUCAUUAAAUUAUAGAGAAGUAUAUCUGAAAAGCCCUCUACAAGCCAGUUAGCAUCUUUUUAUUCCUUAGCAGGCAAGACCAUUUUUGUCAUUUUGAAAUGCUGGUUUACUGCUCAAUCUUCUGUGUAGUCACUGAAAAGGGCAACCUGAUGGUGUGUCCUGACUAUUUUCUUAGUCUGUUGCAUGGAGCACAACAGUGUCUGUGGUAGUGUUGCUCAUUUCCUGUUUUGAACACAUCCAUCGUGGCUGACUUAAAACAGCAGCAAUGAUACAGUUAACAAAUAAUAAGAACUGUGUAUGGCAAGUUUAUUUUGUGCAUAUGUGUAUAUAACUGAGAGAAAGGGGAUGCUGGGUCUGUUAAAAGCCUGCUCUUGGUGAUGAAACACAGAUGUAGCAGCACAGUUGUGAUCUGGAGAGCAAGCAGCUCCGGGGGACAGUGAUAAGGUGGGGGAGGGAAGGGGGAAAAAAUUAAAAGAAUAAAAAAAGCCCCAGCCAAAUAAGUAAGUGGCUGUGUAUAUUUGUGUAGAUCAGCACUGACCUGUACAGGAAAAGCACUGAGUCUCAUGAUAGAAAAAACUUGCAUGUUGAGCCCUGAAUAACUUCAUGGAUAUCUUCAAGAGGUGUUACUUCUAAACUGGGAGUGAAAAGAAUACCCCAUGGGAAUGUUACAAAGCCAGAUCAUUGCUAACUAAAAAGUACCCUGUGAUAUUCAAUUAAAACUAUAUUCAGAUUUGUCUUGGGUUGGAUUUUAUAAAUGAGGGACUAAUCUUAGCAUUUUCUUCUUGGUAUCUGUCAGAAGUAAAUGGAAAUGUCUGGGAGUACAUCUCCCUUAGCAGAAGCAAGCAGGACAUCAGCUUCCCCAUGGCCAGGAGGCUAAAGCAAGAAAGAUACUAAGUAGUAGAAAAAAUAGGUAGAGCACAGUCUGUGUAGAAGUUGGAAGGUUGAAAGGAAUGACUGUGCAUGGCAAGGACAGUAAGUUGUUCCCAUUGAAGGGAAGAGAAGAGCUGGGUUUAUUUAUGUGAAGAAUGUAAGUGGAAGGUCAUUGCUUUGACACUGCUGCACCGAGGUGAACUGAGGAGAAUGGAGCUGCUCUGGUACUGCCAGAGGCAUUCGGUCUUUAACCCUGCAGGUCCUGAAUGAGAGACAUUAGGUAGUCAGAGCAUGCCAGUAUUACUCUUCUAUAGAACACUCAUCAUGUAUGAAAUUCAGUUGGUUGGUUGUUCUUUGCACUGGUACCUGCAAAAUUCGCCUUGAGGAGGAGCAUUCUAACUGGAAGCUACUCUAAAUCAUGAGGAGUAUUUUGUACUUGGAAGCAAUCUGUGUUUCACCAUUUGCUUUUUCACACCUCGAGGACUCCAGGUUGUGUUAUUUCAUCUUCCUGAACGGUGUUUGUAACUGAACAGGAGUUUACAUACCGACUUAAACUGAAGUCACACCAAUUAUUGCAAGAAAUUAAAAUACAGCAAAUUAGUUUUCUUGAAUAAUGUAUUCUCUGUAAUGUUUGCUGAGUGUUGUUGGGUUUAACUGUUUGUGAUUGUUCUCGUUUUCUCAAGCUCUUAUAUCAGAUGUAUGCAUUCUGAGGGCUUUUUUAACUCUCGGAAGGACUUGGUGUUUGUCGUUUGAGCUGACAUUAAACCACCGUGCUGACAGUACACAGGAA